AUGGCAGUGCGGCAGAACAAUGGCGGUAAGGUGCGGCCCGUACUCGAUUACCGUGAGCUAAAUGACUGCGUGACUGCCUUCACUGCCGACAGCGACGUAUGCUCUGACCAACUAAGGAAGUGGCGCCGGCAUGGAGAGAACGUGUCCGUCCUCGACCUACGCAAGGCGUAUCUACAGGUGCGUGUAGAUCGGCAGUUGUGGCCUUUCCAGACCGUGAUGGUGAGAGGUCGGCGGUACUGCUUAACGCGCCUUGGUUUUGGCCUCAACAUCGCUCCACAAGUUAUGAAAGCAGUUGUCAAGACCAUCCUGGCUCAAGACUCUAAGAUCGAACAAGCAGUUUUGCCGUACGUAGACGACCUGCUCGUGAAUGAAGACCUGGUCAGUGCAGAGCAGGUUGCUGCACACUUCGCGAGUUACGGGCUGGAGUGUAAACAGCCAGUCCGUGUGGCGGACGGGGCACGCUUGCUGGGUCUACGCGUACGUCCGGUGAACGGGGAACUGCAAUGGACGCGAGACAACGCAGUUGCCGUGCCACCGAAACAAGUGACCCGCCGUGCAGUGUUUGCGUGGUGCGGGCGACUGAUCGCUCAUUUGCCGGUGGGCGGCUGGCUGCGACCGGCAGUGGCAUGGAUAAAACGGCAGGUGAACGCUAGUACCCGGGGCUGGGACGACGUGACGGGGAUGACGCGCUGUGCGAGCAGAUGGAUUACGUGUCAAGCAGGCUGUCCAAAGAAGAUCCGUGCUGUGGGCAAUGGAGCUGCCAUCGAGGACGCAUGCUGGAUUAGAAGAGAUGAGAGCUCCCACAUUAACAUGGCUGAGCUGGACGCAGCAGUUCGUGGCGUCAAUCUGGCCAUCGCGUGGGGCAUGCGAACCAUCGAUCUGCGAACAGACUCUGCGACUGUCUACCGCUGGAUUGACGAUGCGCUGAGUGGCCGGGCACGUCUUCGCACCAAGGCUCAUGGGGAGAUGCUGAUUCGCCGUCGGGUAGAUGUCAUCCGGCAGCUGGUGACGGAACUUGAGCUGGUCAUGUCUGUGACGCUCGUACGCUCCUCAGAGAACCGCGCCGACGCCCUCACGCGAGUCCCAGGGGAGUGGGUGCGAGUGACGCGUGCUGAAGCACGUGCUACUGUGCGGCAGUGUGAGGUGUGCCGCAAGAUCGACCCAGCGCCGGCGAAGUGGCAGCACGGGUCAUUAAGUGUGACUGAGACGUGGUGGCGUCUGGCGACAGAUGUUACCCACUACCUCGGUAGCGCCUACCUGUCCCUUGUCGACUGCGGGCCGUCUCGGUUCGCUGUGUGGCGGCACUUACGUCGUCCAGAUGCGGACACCGUCGUCAGUCACCUGGAACAAGUCUUCUGCGAGCGAGGAGCGCCGGCGGAACUGCUCUGUGACAACGACACUGUCUUCCGAGGCCGGCGAUUCGCAGCUUUCGCGGCGCGCUGGGGCGUGUCGCUGCGCUUCAGAGGGGCAUACGCACCGUCUGGUAACGGUAUCGUGGAAAGGAACCAUCGCACGGUGAAGGUGAUAGCAGCGAGGAAGGGCUGCUCCGUUGCUGAGGCAGUCCACCUGUACAACGUGACGCCCCGGGACGGGGAAACUGUGGCAUCAGCUCCCGUGAGUGGUAUUUACCGGUACCGAGUACGAGACUGCGUGCGGCACGAUCAGGUACAGCGUGCCGUUCACACCUCCCCUGAUGUUGCAAGGAAGAACUACACGGUUGACGAUGCAGUGUGGGUUCGGAGGCGGGGCGAGCGCUGCACCUCAGCAUCGCAGCCCGGCGUCGUCACCAGGGUGAACUCGCCGCAGGUGGUAGAGGUUGAUGGAGUCCCACGACACGUCAGGGACUUGAGACACCGCAGCAGCCUCUCAGUGAACGAAGCUGGCACUCCAGAUGAACCGGGAGUAGAAGAUGAACCCCCGCUUUAUGUUGACGCGCAAAGCCAGCUGCUGCAGCCGCAGGUGGCUGAACCCCCACCUGAGGCACCACGAGAAGCCGUGCUUCGAAGGAGUACCCGUGAGCGGCACCCUCCGCAGCGAUAUUGUUGUGAUCCUGGAGAUCAGGGGGGUAUGUAA